AUGGCGUCUGCUAGUAAUAAUUGUUCAACAAUGUUGUCUGCUAGUGAGAAUUGUGGUAACUGUUUGGCCUGUAUGAAAAGAUUCAGUGAACAUCUUAAAAGAGUGGUGUUCUGCGUUCAGAGAGCAUGUGAACAGAUUGAACUUUUAAAAGAGCGUCUGCGCCAAAUCAAAGUUCGCUACAACAGAGCCAAACGCGAUGGUCAAAGAGCUUUGAAGCAUAAUUUGGAAAUGAGAUACUCCAUAGUGAAGUCUGCUCUUCAUAUCUAUCAACAGUAUGUUGAAAGAAAGGAAACAGAAUUUUGUGUUAUCAAGGCCAGGAUUGAAAUUAGAAUGACAGCUGUAUUAGCUGGAUUAGGCGUUCACAUACCAGAUAGUGACAGUUCUAGUGAUGAUGUAUCUCUUUAA